CCUGUUCUAGUCCAUCAUGAAGAAGUAUUUUGUGUAUCUUAAUACCUUACUGGUACUAAUCGUGAUCGUGUCUGCUCACCGACUGCAUCAUCCGUUCGCACUGGAACUUCUCGAUACGACGGUAGAUUCUCUUCGGUUGCAGCCAAGAGCAGCCGGUGUAAAUGUUACAGAAAGUGAAAGUGUGCAUCCGCCACCCGCAGCAACCUUAAGCGAGGAACGGCCCACCCCGGAAGCGACCGAUGAGCACAGCAAUGAAGCACGGCAUCGAAAAAAGCGUCUCAUUUCGGCAGGUGAAUAUGAGCAAACGGCUCAGUACUGGAACAUAGGCGCACAGCUCAAACUAAAGGAACAUUUGCUGAAGCAGCCGAACCGAAACAUUGCUAAAAAUGUGAUCUUCUUCCUCGGUGAUGGUAUGUCUAUACCGACGCUUGCCGCCAGCCGUAUGUAUCUCGGGCAGCAGCAAGGUCAUACGGGCGAAGAAAGUCGACUGUCGUUUGAAGAGUUUCCUGACGUUGGCCUUGUGAAGACCUACUGUGUGGACAAACAGGUGGCUGAUUCUGCCUGUACAGCGACGGCUUAUUUGUGUGGUGUGAAGGCCAACUAUGCAACGAUCGGUGUAACGGCUGCCGUCAACUAUGGUAACUGUGCCGCCAGCAAUGAUCCGCGCAACCAGGUCCAAUCGCUCAUGGCCUGGGCCCAGGCAGCAGGGAAAGCGACCGGUAUCGUGACGACAACACGCGUCACGCACGCCAGCCCCGCCGGUACCUACGCACACACCGCCAACCGUGACUGGGAGUGCGAUGCCGACGUAGUUCGGAGGGGCGGUGAUGCGGCCCAGUGUCCAGACAUCGCGUCGCAACUAAUCUACGGUGAAACGGGCAAAAACUUUCGUGUCAUUCUGGGUGGGGGCCGUCGCAAGUUCCUUCCGAAAACCAUGAAGGACGAGGAAGGAUUCCGCGGUCAACGGCUAGACGGAGCCAACUUGAUUUCCCAAUGGUAUUAUGGGAAACCGCUCGGUACGGCACGGUACGUGUCGAACAAGCACGAGCUGAUGGCGCUCAACUUCACCGAGGUAGAUUAUCUGUUGGGACUGUUCAGUGCAGACCAUAUGAAGUUCCAUCUCGAUGCCCGCCCGGAAAUGGAUCCAACGUUGGGCGACUUAACGUAUGCGGCGAUAAGAACACUGGAGAAGUACCCCGAAGGUUAUGUGCUAUUUGUGGAGGGUGGCAAAAUUGAUCUGGCCCAUCAUUUCACCAAGGCACGUAAAUCGCUCGAUGAAACCGUGCAGUUGUCCGAGGCGGUGCAGGUGGCACGUCAGCUCACCAGCCCGGACAAUACGCUGCUCGUGGUGACGGCGGACCAUUCGCAUACAAUGACACUAUCAGGCUAUGCGGCACGUGGUAACGACAUACUCGGCCUGAACAGCCAGAUCAGCGACGGCGACAAGAAACCGUACACCACACUAACGUACGCGAAUGGACCGGGUGGACCGCUGCCCGGUCCGAAGGGCCAGAGACCAAACAUCACCGAGUCGAUGAUAAAGGACCGCGAGUUUCAGUUCCCGAAGGUGGUCCCGAUGAAGUACGAAACGCACGGUGGCGACGAUGUAGCCCUGUUUGCGUGCGGACCGUGGUCGCACCUGUUUGGCGGAAUGUACGAACAGAAUGUAAUACCACACCUGAUAGGCUAUGCAGCGUGUAUCGGGAACGGUGAGCACGCGUGUUCGACGGUUGGUGGUUUGUAAACAGCGUGCAGGACGCUUUUUAAUUUGUCGUGUUGUUGUAUGUUUUGUAAAUAAAAUUCCCCUAUGCUUUUAAGUAA